AUGCAGAAAAAGUUGAACAGCUCCAACCUAAAUCUGUCCACUCUAUCAACUGUGCUGUCUCACCCCACCCACAAGUCCCACUUCCACAAGUCCCACUCUAUGGAGGUGUUCUCUGAGUCUCUGGGCCUCAGUGCUCCAGACCAACACAAUGAAUACAACAGCCGCAAGAGCAGCUUCAGUGAUGACAAUGACGUCUGCUCCAGCUCCUCUGGUUCUCUGGGCCUGAGUCUGUAUGGCUCUGUGGGGGAAGAGAACCUAAGACUGUCAGAGAAAGAUGCAGACUCAGACAGUCCUGACAGUGGUUUGUGUAUGGAGCUUCAAAGCCCUACCAAUUCAGAAACCAGCAGCCCUUUCAAACUGUACCCACAGGUGCCCCCUCGUCCACAAACCCAAGAGAUCCUCAACCGCUGUACCACCUACACCCACAAAGCAGCCCUGGAAACCCAAGCUCCAACUUAUUAUGUUUCAUGUCAGAGUGGUGGUUAUGAAGUGGACCUUUUUGUGGAUCCCCCAGACCAUGACCUUAUCUGUAUCAUAUGUAAAGGAGUUCUACGCUGCCCUGUGCGUGUGGCAUGUAACCAUGUCUUUUGCAAGAAGUGCAUUUUGCAGUGGAUGAGGAGACAGGAAACAUGUCCAUGCUGCAGGAAGCCUGUCAACCACCGGCUUAUGUUUGUUAUGUUCAAGCUCAGUAAAUCCAUUGGCCGUUUACCAAUCAAGUGCCGAAAUGAGCAGCAGGGCUGCACGGCCACCUUUCCUCUCUCAGAGCAGUACCUCCACAGCUCCACAUGCCCGUUUGAGUGGCUGCUGUGCCCGCAACAGGGCUGUGGGGCUAGGGUACUGAGGAAGGAAGCCCAGGCACAUGAACAGGUUUGCAGCCACUGGAGGCAGUUGUGCCCGAUGGGUUGUGGCACACUGCUGAACCGCACUACUCAGGCCAAGCACAACUGCUACAGAGAGCUGCAGGAGCGUUACGAGGCCCAGCAACAGACGCAGCGAAUCAUCGCCUCUGCACUGCGCAGGAAGAUGCAGCGUAUGCAAAGGCGCAUGGCCCACAUUACUCGGCAGAUAAGCCUGAUCUGUGAAAGCCUGGAGCUCAGCGAGAACCUGGAGGAGGAGGUGGAGGAGAGCCCUGGUGAGGGAACCAGCACAGGGAGAAAUUCCAGAGUCGGCCACAGCUCCAUCACACCCACCAGCUCUAGCAGCAGCAGCAGCUCCUAAGAAAUAUGCCCUUUAUAUUUUUUUAAUAAGAUGUUUGUUAAUGUGUAAUUUCUGCCAGUAAACCCAUACUUAAAUAUACAUCAAUUGCUUGUCACAUCAGCUGUGUGUUUUUAACACUAAAUGAGUGAACUCUAACAGCUGGGCUAAGCAAUACUAUUAUACUAUGUGUUGAAGUAUGUUAAGACCAUAUAAACUAGCUAUAUUGUGUUGAGCAUUGUGUUUACAUGACCAAAUGUUAAUAAAACUUUAGUGUUAAUUCAAAUUUAUUCCAUGUUUCUUGGAGAAAAUAGCAUAAUAAAACC